AUUUUGUCGUGAAUACCUGGCAACCCUGGACCCCAAACAGAAUUCCAUAGGCUACACAAGCGUGUGAACAUUAUUGACGGUGCAAAUAAGACGCGUCCGCGGUGCAAAUUUGGAAACUGAAGUGUUUAUAUGUGAUUAUCAGACUGGAGAAUGUCUUAUUUGAUGCACGGUGGUCUAAUAAUAAUCGUCGGUGUGUGCUUGUUUGGCUUCACCUCCCAGCGGGACCACCGGUUAAAUGUCAAACGCGCUCGAUCUCCGCGUAUUUUAUUACAAUCUCUCCGGGGAAAGAAGAGCUCUUGUCUACUUUAACAUUAGGAUUUGUGUGCAUAUGUAUUCGUUUUAACGGCACGUCACGCGGAGAGUUCUUCGUAAAGUCAGGUGCAAAUUACCACUGUCUUCCCCAAGAAACCCCACUGAGCAUGGAGUCCCACCCGUACGUCUCAGGACCCGCCUUACAGCUCACAAGUGCAUUUGGCGAGCUGUCAAAACCAAACAAAACCUUCCAUCUGCGCAAUAUUUACAACCCCAAACCUCCUCCCCAGCGCCCCCCAGUGGCCAUACGACCACCCAGCCCUAAAGCAGGAUCCGUUCCUCCUCCACAGGAUGCUGUGAUCCGCCGCCGACUGUCCUGCGAACCCGAGCCCAAACCCAUCAUGAGGAGAAGAGCCAAAUCCCUCUCGUCCUCCAGCGACCGGCAGACCUGCAGGAACAUCCAGGUCCGCUUCGUGGACUCUCUCGGCCUGCAGCUGGAAGAUGUCAAGUUCUUCAAAUCCAGUGAAGAUCCACUGGUGCCGGUUCACGUCAUCACACGCCUGCUGGCCAGCUCAGAACUGGCCUCCAAGAAAAACCUGGAGCUCUCCUUGCCUUACUUCCAGCCCUCCUUCCCUGAUAACAUGACCACCGAUGUAUCUGCGUUCAGCAGACGUUUGUGCCGGCAGAGAGUGUGUCUGGAGCAGGUGUUUUGCUCGGAGCUGGGCAUCACUGGAACGGCACAAGUGCUGAAUUUGUGCUUCCAGAAGGAGGUCAUCGUGCGCUACUCCUUCACCGACUGGAGGAGCAGUGCGGACUGUAGGGCCGGCUGGGUGUGCAGCGUCCGCAGGGGGGAUCUGGAGUCCGACGUUUUUCGUUUUCUCCUGCCCGUGCCUCCGUUCAUCAUGCAGCCGGGCGCCGUGCUGCAGUUCGCCAUCUGCUUUCGGGUGCCAGGAUCUGAGUUCUGGGACAACAAUGAUGGGUGUAAUUAUAAACUGACCUGCCAGACUUACAAGCUGACCGUCCCUAGAGAGUGCGAAGACAGCCUAGUGCAUUUCAUUUGAGUGUACACUAAAGUUUUCACACACAGACAUACAUAUGGUGGUUUUGAGGGCUCUCCAUAGGCGUAAUCAGGGUGUGAAUUACAGGUUUGGGGGAGAUUCAUUCAUUCAUUCAUUUUCCUUCAGCUUAGUCUCUUAUUUAUCAGGGGUCGCCACAGCAGAAUGAACUGCCAACUAU